AAUGUGGUCGUCGACAUAAACGAGUCACCGUUAUAGACCUCACGUCCAGCAGUCUAACUGGCUCUUUGUCUCCUUAUGUCGGAAACCUCAGCUUUCUACGGGAGCUUUCGCUCUCAAACAACACUUUUACAGGUGAAAUUUCAACUAAAGUCGGUAAUCUUUUCAGAUUAGAGAAACUGAAUCUGAGCUUUAACGGGUUCGAAGGAACAAUUCCACCAAGCCUAUCUCGUUGCUCCAAUCUCAGGUACAUUAGUGUAGGAGAAAACAAGCUAGUUGGAGAGUUCCCUAAAGAACUUGCUUAUUCAAUGCCAAGACUCGUAGCACUCUACAUUAGUAUUAACAAUUUGACCGGAGGGAUUCCUCCGUGGAUUGGGAAUCUUACUUCUCUGGUAAACUUCAGUGCCUCUGGCAAUCCGUUGGGAGGAAGUAUUCCGAAUGCUUUGGGUAAAUUGAAAAAUCUUAGGGGGUUAGCGCUGGGUACCACUCAAAUUUCAGGUAUCAUCCCUCCUUCCUUAUACAACCUAUCAUUGCUACAUACAUUAUCUAUGGCUAAUAAUCGACUUCAAGGAAGUCUUCCAUCGACAUUCAUGUUCCCUCACCUUCAGUUCCUUCAGCUCUACCUUAAUCAACUUAAUGGUCCCGUUCCGCUUUCUUUAUCCAACUCUUCGCAGUUGGUACGGCUCGAAUUGGGGGAUAACAAUUUCAAUGGAAAAGUAACAAAUGAUUUCGGAAGCCUACAAAACCUCCGUUGGAUUGGUCUAGAGAAUAACUAUUUUGAUACUAAGGGAACCGAUGGACUAGCCUUUUUCAGUUCUUUAACCAACUGUAGCAAUUUUAGAAUUAUAAGUAUGGCGUCUUGCCAAUUUGGAGGGGUAUUACCAGACUCUGUGGGCAAUAUGUCGAUCUAUCUCUCUUGGCUGACACUACAUGAAAAUCAAUUGUAUGGAUCUAUUCCUUCGACAAUAGGAAACCUUGUGAACCUAGAAACCUUAACUCUGCAUAAUAACCUAUUUACAGGCCGGAUUCCCGAUAGCAUAGGUUAUCUUCAUAAGUUGCGAAGGUUGGUAGUUUCGAACAACACUAUCUCAGGUGAAACCCCAGAGUCUAUUGGAAAUUUGUCCUUGCUGAAUGAACUUUUUCUGAAUGAAAAUAGACUAGAGGGGGCCAUACCCUCGAGUCUUGGCAACUGUCAGAAAUUGUUAUUGUUAACACUUUCUGGAAAUGACCUUAAUGGGAGCAUACCGAGAAAACUUUUUACAGUCUCUUCUCUGUCAAUUGCAUUGCAUCUAGGUCGCAACCAUUUGUCUGGAUCCUUGCCACGUGAGAUUGGAAACCUCACAAAUUUGAGAGAAAUCGAUAUCUCUGAGAACGGUUUAUCUGGUGAAAUUCCUAGCGCUCUUGGUAGCUGCAUUAGCCUUGAAAAUCUAUAUAUGCAGCGAAAUUUCCUUCAAGGGUCUAUUCCACUAGCAAUGGAAUCCAUGAGAGGUAUUCAAUAUUUGGACCUUUCUCACAACAACUUAUCUGGUAAAAUUCCUGCAUUCUUGGGGACAUUUGCCCUCAAGUAUCUCAAUUUAUCUUUCAACAAUUUUGAAGGAGAGUUACCAAUGAAGGGUGUUUUCACCAAUACAAGUGCAAUAUUAGUUGCCGGAAAUUAUAGGCUUUGUGGUGGCAUUUCCGGACUACGACUACCUCGGUGCACCACAAAGAAAUCGAGGAAAAAGAUGUCUCUUUCACGGACGUUAGGAAUCACAGUAGCUUCGGUACUCGUUGGAGUAAUUGCAGUAUCAUCUUUCAUCAUAUAUUUGUUCAAAAAGAAAAGAAAGACCAAACCUACAAUUUCAUUGUUGAAAGAUCCAUUCUUGAAAGCCUCUUAUGGAGAACUUCUCAAAGCAACUGAAGGUUUCUCUUCGACGAAUCUGCUUGGUUUUGGUAGUUUUGGUCGUGUAUAUAAAGGUGUUAUUGAACAAAACGGAGAGUUAGUUGUUGCGGUCAAAGUACUUGACCUUCAAACUCGUGGCGCUAUCAAGAGUUUCAUGGCAGAGUGCGAAGCCUUAAGGAAUAUUCGACACCGAAACCUAGUUUCGAUCAUAACUUCUUGUUCUAGCAUGGAUUUUCAAGGGAAUGAGUUUAAAGCUCUGGUUUACGAGUUCAUGCCGAAUGGAAGUCUAGAUAAUUGGUUGCAUCCAAUUCCGAGUUCAAAUAGUCAUGGGGGACAUGAGUUCGUGGGACUCAAUCUUCUGCAAAGAAUAGACAUUGCCAUUGAUGUGGCUUGUGCUCUCGAUUAUCUUCAUCACCAAUGCGAAAGGCCAAUUAUUCAUUGCGAUAUAAAGCCAAGUAAUAUCCUUCUUGACGGUGACAUGGUUGCUCAUGUUGGAGAUUUUGGUCUAGCUAGAUUUCGUGCAGAGUUCACCACUCCAAGUACAAGUAGUUCAACUGCAAUAAGGGGAACCAUUGGAUAUGCAGCUCCAGAGUAUGGACUAGGAAGCGAGAUGUCAACUAGUGGAGAUGUUUAUAGUUACGGGAUCUUGUUGUUGGAGAUGAUAACAAGGAAGAGACCUACUGACGUAAUGUUUGAGGGAGACCUUAACCUUCAUAACUUUACAAGGAUUGCCUUGCCUCAACAUAUAGUGGAGAUUGUAGACCCUAUGCUCUUAACCGAGGAGAGAAAUGGCAGCAAAAUGAUGGAGUAUCUUAUCUCCGUUAUAGAAAUAGGACUGGCAUGCUCUACAAAAUCCCCAAAAGACCGAAUGAGCAUUGAUAUCGUACUCCCUGAGCUUCAUCUGGUCAAGAACAAUAUUUUGAAGGCCAACAUGAAAAUUUAAACAAUGUUGAUAACUCGAGGUGUCUGAGCCAGCAUAUUGACACCUUGAAUAAUAUGAGGGGACCAAUCCCACUUCCAUUAGACAAUAUUGGAAGCAAGCAAGAAUCCAAUCACUUUGGCAACGUCCGCCAUGACCCUACAGAGUGGGUAUAUUAAACAAGAAUCAAUUUGAUUUAUGGUGUAACCAAAUAAUGCUUUCAUCGUAAACUUGAUGAAUUACUUAUGUGCCUAAGUAUAUGUCUUCCACUUCUCUUAACCUGUGGGGCACGCCUCAUUCAUAUUUGCUUACUUUUUUGAAUCCUAUCUGCGCAUUUACUGUACCAGCUUUUCAAUUUGAACCAAAAAGGCAAGUAUUGUACGUGCAUUGCUAUUC